CAGGUGAUAUAGAUUGUUCACCAUAGCUUGUACCGGUUAAAGAUGGCCAAAUCCAAGGGAGCCCGUUCUGGCAGCAGCAAGAGUCGUAACGGUGCUGCUAGCAUCAACGCCAUCAAAACGUUCAAGGACACGCUCCAGGAGGGAUCUGUCGAUGAGUUCAUGCAUCAAAGGGACAAGAUCGUGCUCGGUGACAAUCAUGAUGAGCCGGGUCAACCGGCUGAACAGGACGACGACGACAUCCUGGCCGAACGGGGGCAAGAAGUUUUCAGUCUGAACCUUCCCAAACGCGACGCCGAGCAGGAUUACGACGAGGCUUACGAUGAUGAAGAACUCGACGACGUGGUGCCCGUCAAGAAGGGUAGAAAGGCCAAAGUCAAGCCGGACGUCUCGAACAAGGGGCGGUAUGGCAAGUCGGAUUCCGAAGACGAUGAAGAUGAUGAAGCAGCCAGUUCGGAUGAUCCGGAUGCCGAGUCCUGGGGGAGGUCAUACUAUUCACGCCCUUCCACUCGGAGAGGGAGGGAGAUGGAAGAGGAGAAUAGUGAUGAGGAAAAGGAAGAGGAGCGGAUGUUGGAGGAAAAGGAGGUCAAGCGGUUACAACGCAAGAUGAGGAGCGUGAUCGAGGGUGAUGAGGAUUGGGGUUUCGAUGAGCUCGAAGCCGGUCCUUCGGUUGAUGUUGAAAAGACCGACAAUCGGACCAACAAAAACACCCUCCCCGCACCCGAAGCUUCCCUUCCAGCCGAGACGCCGGUCCCGCAACUCCUCACCCAUCUGACUUACAAAGAACCCGUCAAACUCGCCCUCGCGCGCGAUUUCCCUCUGAUCGUCAAGAGACUGGAAAAGACUGAAAGGGGAAUUAGGAAGAUGACGGAAGCUGAGAAGCAAGCAGAGAAGGACAAGGGACCUAAUGGGCCUCUGCAUCAGGGCUUGGCUUGGUUGCAUUACCAGGUCUUGCUGUCUUAUGCGACCACUCUGGCGUUCUACCUGCAUCUGGCCUCCCUUCCUUCCAAUAAACGACCCGAUUUCACCACCCACCCUAUUCUCCCUCGUCUAUUACAGCUGAAAGAGGCCGUCAGCGCUAUGGAGGAUGCCGACUUUGCCGCGGCGAGCGACGACGAGGGCGACACCAUCGAGCUUUACGAUGGAGAAGAGAAGACCGAUGACGGCGAGGAGGACGAGGAUGAAGAGGAUAGUGAUGACGACAUGACCAGUGAAGAAAAGGCCGAGAUGAAGAAGGCUUUGAUGAAGAUGUUUGGCGGGAAAGGGGACGACGUGGAUUGGGAGGAUGCUGAGGAUGUCUGGGAAGGAGGCGAUCUGGAGGAUGGCGAGCUCGAAGGAUUGCAGGCCGAGGCGGAGGAGCUGUUAUCAGCCGACGAGUCGGGCGAUUCGGAGGAGGGAGAUGAAGAUCUCGAUGAUGACGACCCCGAUGAUGACGACCUCGAUCUGGAUGAGGAUCUCGAAUUGGACGAGGACGAGGAGUUGGAUGACCUUGAGGAUGAAGAAGAGGACAUCGAGCCUGUGGCGACAAAAACGUCGAAGUCAAAGAAGGACGGGAAGAAGAGUGGCAAACCGGCGUUGCUGGAAGAACCCGAGUUUGUGCCCGCUUCCAAGAGCAAACGGUCAUCUAGUCAAAAGUCCAUCUUUGACGACGAGGACAUGGGCGAUCUUACCGAGCUGUCCGCCUCGGAGCAGGCGGAGCGAUCGGCAAAGAAGCGGUCCUUGCGAUUCCACACGUCCAAGAUCGCUGCCACUUCGGCUCGACGAGCUGCGGCCAGGGAGGCCAGGUUGCAAGGAGACGAGGAUGUGCCAUAUAAAAACCGACAGGCUGCGCGAGACGCGGCUUUGCAGAGGAACAGCGCGAGGGGGACAGGAGGCGAGGAUCUCGAUGGCGAGGAUUGGUCGGAAAAGGACAAGAAGCGGGCUCGGGAAGCGAUGGACCAAGACGAUGGAGAUGAUUAUUACGAGACUGUCAAGCGUCGACGUACGGACGAGAAGGAGGCCAAACAGCAGGCACACGACGACGCUAGGGAAGAGCAGAGACGCGCACUUACAGAGCCGGAAACGGCCGACGGCCCUCGUUCGCUCACUCGUGCGAUCGAGAAGAACCGUGGUCUCACCCCGCGACGAGCCAAAGCGAACCGAAACCCUCGUGUCAAGAAGAGGGAGAACUACGAAAAGGCCAAGAGAAAGGUCAAGUCGAUGCGUGCCGUCUACUCUGGAGGUCAGGGCGCGCUGGGUGGGGCGUAUCAGGGAGAAAAGACGGGUAUCUCGACGACGUCCAAGUCGAGACGUUUCUAGGCCGUGUCGUGGGGAGGAAAGUGUACGAGUACGUCGGAUGUUCUACAGUACUUGUAGUAGUCGUCUUUUCGACGAGAUUAUCAUAUAUCGAUGUGCUUGGGGCGACCGAGGCGGCUCUGUGAUGAUUUCUCUGGCAUCGUAGCCAGUGGCAAUGGGGCCGAUCGUGAUCGUCUCGCGCGUUUCAGCC